UCUGCUUGCCUCAGAUUCUGGAAAGAACCGAGUAAGUCAACUUGGAGACUUGCACUCUGGCUGCUUCACUUCACCAACCUAGUUCUCAUCGAUUCUAAUUACAGCUUUUUGCCUAAUCUCCAUUAUCCAUACGACAAACAUUAUUAUAGACGAGGUUGUACUCAGUUGAGGCGUUGGAGAUGGGCUCGGCUGAGCAAGGGAGCGAGACUCCCAGAGACGGCCGGACAUGGCGUAACUACUUCCCUAAAGGCGACCUUUGGGUGUUCGGAUACGGGAGUUUGAUCUGGAAGCCACCGCCGCAUUACGACCAACGGGUUCCCGGCUACAUCAAUGGCUAUGUGCGGCGCUUCUGGCAGGCAAGUACCGACCAUCGUGGCACUCCAGAGAACCCUGGACGAGUUGUGACAGUGAUCGAACGGGAGUUCUGGGAAACGCUGGAUGAUCCGCUGGCGCACCUUGAAAGCUCACCGACGGCCACGGUUUGGGGUGCUGCAUAUCAUAUCCCUGCUUCCCAUGCUGAGGAGGUACACGAUUAUCUCGAUGUCAGAGAAAUCGAUGGUUACACCGUCCAUUACACCCCUUUCCAUCCCAUCGAUACCCGUAAGGAGCCAAACGCAGAAGAAUCAACAUCAUCUCCAAUCGUGUGUAUGGUCUACAUCGGUCAACCAACCAAUCCGCAGUUUUUGCGGGAUCCAGCCCGGCGAGAGCAACAAGAUGUGGCCGAGGUGAUAAGUCGCAGUCAGGGACAGAGUGGUAAAAACACUGAAUACCUGUAUCUCUUGGAGAAGUCGCUUGACGGACUCGGGCUGGGGAGUGCCGAUGUGCACGUUACUGAUCUGGUGCGACGGGUCAAAGCCCUCGAGGGCGUGGAAGAAGCGGCGGCAGAGGAGGCCAAGGCGGAACGGGAUAUAGAGGAGGCUCUCCAUCCAUCCAAAGCAGAGGCUCAGCAAUGAUUUCCACCUGCUGAAUAGGCCCAUUCGACCCGUGUUGUGUCAAUGAGCUGUAUCAUUGCUGUUGCUGCUGCUGUAUCCUU